GCUGACGCAUGCGCCCUCGCGACCGUGCGAUGCGUUAGCCCCAUGGUGUACCCCGAGGCGUCCCGCUGGGGAGCGCCCGAUACGCUAGCGCCCCUCUACGAUGACGUCUACCGAGCCGACGGAGUGCUGUCAACAGUGAACGUGGUCGAGGCGCUGCAAGAGUUCUGGCAGGUGAAGGCGGCGAGGAAUAGCGGUGCGGCUAGCGGCGGCAGCGGUGCACUCGUCAUCUACGAGUCAGUGCCGGCCGCACAUCCGCCCUACGUGUGCUACGUCACACUGCCGGGGGGUGCUUGCUUCGGCAGCUUUCAGAAUUGCCCCACUAAAGCUGAGGCGCGGCGCAGUGCAGCGAAGAUCGCACUCAUGAACAGCGUGUUCAACGAACAUGAGUCUCGACGUAUAUCAGAGCACUUCAUCGAGAAGGCGGUAGCGGAAGCGCGAGCGUCCUUCGCCGGGGACGCAGCGACGCAUCACCAGGAUCCUAGUGCUGGAAUUGCGGCCUUUAGGUUUAUGCUAGAAGCAAACAAGGGCCGCACGAUGCUGGAAUUCCAGGAACUGAUGACGGUAUUCCAGCUUCUACAUUGGAACGGUUCGCUGCGCGCUAUGCGCGAGCGGCAGUGUUCGAGGCAGGAAGUUGUUGCGCAUUACUCCGCCCGGGCGCUGGACGAUGCGAUGCGUGAACAGAUGGCGCGGGAGUGGGCGUCGAGGGAAAGGGAGGCGGCUGCGACGGGAGCGACGGGCGGAGUGCUGCGGAACGAGCUGGCGCGAGCGGAGCGGGAGCUCCGCGCGGCUCGGCUCGCAGCAAGGGAGCUGCGCUUCCCCAAGGAGAAGCGCGAUAUACUAAUCCUCGCCGCGCGACUCGCCCCGCCGCAGCAGCAACAGUGA